GCCGCUGCACGCUGGAGGACAAACCCACGCUUUCAUUCUCUACCUCCCUCCAUCUCCUCCUCUUCCUCCUGCUCUCCUUCUCUCACUGCACUCCACCUUUUCAUUGUGCUGCUUCCUCCGGCGGGGGAGGGUGGGUGGAUUCCUGAGCGGAGGGGCGGUGUGAUAUGUGAAGACGCUGACAGAUGGAUGGAUGAGGAGCAAACAGAAGCAUGAUGCUGCCACCACCGUUGCCGUGGUGCGUUUGCUGAGCCAGCGAUUUCUACCUUAACACUGGUGAGACACAGAAAGAGAGAGAGGGACAGUGAGGUUCAUCUUUUAUGUCACUCGCCCUCCAUCACUCUGUUGCUGUCUUGGAUUGUCUCCACUGAGACUGCAGCUAAAUCUUGGAUUACUUCUCUACCAUUUCCAUGUUGGAGUGCAUUUGAAUCUCAGGUUGAUAAUAAGGAUUACUCUGGCUCUUUAAAAGCUCAUUUAUUCUCCUUGGUUUUUGACUCAUGCGCUUGCAAACUGAGUUUUCUUCACUGGACACAUUGAUCUUGCUGGAUCUUCCUUUGCAGAGUUUUUUGAGGCUGCAGGAAAGUUCAUUCCCUUGAAGGCUCAAGUUUAUCCUCUUGGACUCGACCUUAAACUGUUGAAACUUGAGCAGCAAAACUCCAACUCUGGUUUCCUCUCAUCAAAUCAAUUAGACUCAACUGGAACCUCCUUGGGAACUCUUACAUUUCCUUCCUGAGUCUGUCCUCAAUGCCUCUUUGGACUUGUCUCGUCUAAAUAUUUCACCGUCCUCUCUGGAUUUUCAUCAUGGAGCUACAGAGCGCUACCAGCAGCCUCCCUGGCCCUCUUACCCCUGGCCCUCUCUCCCCAACUAUGGACUAUGCCGGCCCUCUGUCCCCAUCAUCAGGCGGUCCAGGCCCGUCUCACGCCAGCCCUGUACGGGGUCCAAGCCCCAGCCUUAGCCCCAUCAGGGGGCCCAGCCCUGGCCCUGGAUUUUCGGGACAAGCUGCCUUCAACUACAACCAGCUGGAAGGAAGGUUUAAACAGCUACAAGAUGAGCGUGAGGCGGUGCAGAAGAAGACCUUCACUAAGUGGGUGAACUCCCACCUGUCCAGAGUUUCCUGUCGGAUCACUGACCUUUACAUGGACCUGAGGGACGGACGCAUGCUCAUCAAACUGCUUGAGGUCCUGUCAGGAGAGAGACUGCCCAAACCCACCAAGGGCCGGAUGAGGAUCCACUGCCUGGAGAACGUGGACAAGGCUCUGCAGUUCCUGAAGGAGCAGAGGGUCCACCUGGAGAACAUGGGUUCCCACGACAUCGUAGACGGAAACCACCGACUUACCCUCGGACUCAUCUGGACCAUCAUUCUCCGCUUCCAGAUCCAGGACAUCAGUGUGGAGACAGAGGACAACAAGGAGAAGAAAUCUGCUAAAGAUGCUCUGCUGCUCUGGUGUCAGAUGAAAACAGCAGGAUAUCCAAACGUCAACAUCCACAACUUCACCACCAGCUGGAGAGACGGUAUGGCCUUCAACGCUCUCAUCCACAAACACAGACCGGAUUUGAUCGACUUCGACAAGCUGAAGAAAUCAAAUGCUCACUACAAUCUUCAGAAUGCCUUCAACCUGGCCGAGCAGCACCUGGGUCUCACCAAGCUGCUGGACCCUGAAGACAUCAGUGUGGACCAUCCUGAUGAGAAGUCCAUCAUCACCUAUGUGGUCACAUACUAUCACUACUUCUCUAAGAUGAAGGCCCUGAAAGUUGAAGGGAAGAGGAUCGGCAAGGUUUUGGACAACGCCAUCGAGACAGAGAAGAUGAUUGAGAAGUACGAGUCUCUGGCUUCAGACCUCCUGGAGUGGAUUGAACAGACCAUCAUCAUCCUCAACAACAGGAAGUUCGCAAACUCUCUGGUGGGAGUCCAGCAGCAGCUGCAAGCCUUCAACACGUACCGCACAGUGGAAAAACCACCAAAGUUCACAGAAAAGGGAAACCUGGAGGUUCUUCUGUUUACCAUCCAGAGUAAAAUGAGAGCAAACAACCAGAAAGUCUACACACCCAGAGAGGGAAAGCUCAUCUCUGACAUCAACAAGGCAUGGGAGCGUCUAGAGAAGGCGGAGCAUGAACGGGAGCUGGCCCUGAGGACAGAGUUGAUUCGUCAGGAGAAGCUGGAGCAGCUAGCACGACGCUUUGACCGCAAAGCCGCAAUGAGGGAGACGUGGCUGAGUGAGAACCAGCGGCUUGUCUCUCAGGAUAACUUUGGAUUUGACCUCCAGGCUGUAGAAGCAGCCACUAAGAAACAUGAAGCCAUAGAGACAGACAUUGCUGCGUAUGAGGAGCGAGUUCAGGCGGUGGUUGCCGUGGCAAAAGAGCUGGAGGCGGAGAGUUACCAUGACAUCAAACGCAUCACAGCCAGGAAAGACAACGUGAUCCGGCUGUGGGAGUACCUGCUGGAGCUGCUGAAGGCCCGGAGGACGAGACUGGAAUCCAAUCUGGGCCUGCAGAGAGUCUUCCAGGAGAUGCUCUACAUCAUGGACUGGAUGGACGAGAUGAAGAUGUUACUGCUCUCUCAGGAUUAUGGAAAACACCUGCUUGGAGUGGAGGACCUGCUGCAGAAACACGCUCUGGUAGAGGCUGACAUCGCCAUCCAGGCGGACAGAGUUCGAAACGUCAACAGCAACGCACAGAAGUUUGCAGAUGACACGGAGGGUUAUAAGCCCUGUGAUCCUCAGGUCAUCAGAGAUCGCGUCGCUCACAUGGAGUUCUGCUACCAGGAGCUGAGUCAGCUGGCGGCUGAGCGGCGAGCUCGGCUUGAGGAGUCACGACGCCUCUGGAAGUUCUUCUGGGAAAUGGCUGAGGAGGAGGGCUGGAUCCGGGAGAAGGAACAGAUCCUGUCUUCUGAGGAUUAUGGGAAGGAUCUUACUGGAGCAUUGCGCCUGCUGAGUCAACACAAAGCCUUCGAAGAUGAGAUGAGCGGGCGAGCAGCCCACCUGCAGCAGACCAUCAAACAAGGAGAGGAGCUGGUGGCAAACAAUCAUUUUGGUGCAGACAAGAUUAAAGAACGCAUCCAGGACAUCCAGGAUCAGUGGGCGGCCCUUGAAAAUCUCUCUGCUGUCCGUAAAGCUCGCCUGCAGGAGGCCUGCAACCAGCACCAGUUCCAGGCUGAUGCUGAUGACAUCGACACAUGGAUGCUGGACGUACUCCGUAUUGUCUCCAGCGUGGACGUCGGUCAUGAUGAGUUCUCUGCUCAGACUCUGGUGAAGAAACACAAGGAUGUAGCUGAGGAAAUCAACAGCUACCGACCUGUCAUUGACGCCCUGCACGAACAAUCUCGCACACUGCCACCUGAGAAAGCCAACUCUGAGGAGGUCCAGAACAGACUGGCAGGCAUCGAGGAGCGUUACAAAGAGGUGGUGGAGCUGACACGGCUUAGGAAGCAGGCGCUGCAGGACGCUCUGGCUCUCUACAAGAUGAUGAGCGAAGCCAACGCCUGCGAGGUUUGGAUUGAUGAGAAGGAGCAGUGGCUCAACAGCAUGGAGAUCCCUGAGAAACUGGAGGACCUGGAGGUGGUACAGCACCGAUUCGAAAGUUUGGAGCCAGAGAUGAACAGCCAAGCGUCCAGAGUCGCCGUGGUCAACCAGGUUGCCCGGCAGCUGAUCCACAGCGGACAUCCCAGUGAGAAGGAGAUCAAAGCUCAGCAGGACAAACUCAACACCAGGUGGAGUCAGUUCAGGGAUCUGGUGGACCGGAAGAAAGACAGCCUGAACUCAGCUUUGGGCGUCCAGAACUAUCACCUGGAGUGCAACGAGACAAAGUCAUGGAUCAAAGAAAAGACCAAGGUCAUCGAGUCAACUCAGGAGCUGGGGAACGACCUGGCCGGUGUCAUGGCUCUGCAGAGGAAGCUGACAGGAAUGGAGCGAGACCUUGCUGCAAUCGAAGACAAACUGGGUGACCUGGGAAAGGAAGCCGACCGCCUGGCCUCAGAACACCCGGAGCAGUCUGAGGCAAUCAAGGGACGACUGGCCGAAAUCACCGGCGUCUGGGAUGAGAUGAAGGACACCAUGAAGAACCGGGAGGAGUCGCUGGGUGAGGCCAGUAAGCUGCAGCAGUUCCUGCGUGACCUGGACGAUUUCCAGUCAUGGCUAUCCCGCACUCAGACAGCCAUUGCUUCAGAAGACAUGCCCAACACUCUGGCUGAGGCUGAGAAGCUUCUGGCCCAGCAUGAAGGCAUCAAGAACGAGAUCCGCAACUACGAGGAAGACUAUCAGAAGAUGCGGGACAUGGGUGAGAUGGUGACGCAGGGCCAAACAGAUGCACAGUACAUGUUCCUGCGACAGCGGCUUCAGGCGCUCGACACUGGCUGGAAUGAGCUACACAAGAUGUGGGAGAACCGUCAGAACCUGCUGUCCCAGUCCCACGCCUACCAGCUGUUCCUCAGGGACACCAAGCAGGCAGAGGCCUUCCUCAACAACCAGGAGUAUGUCCUCGCUCACACUGAGAUGCCCAGCACUCUGGAGGGGGCCGAGGCAGCCAUCAAGAAGCAGGAGGACUUCAUGACUACCAUGGAUGCCAACGAGGAGAAGAUCAGCGGCGUGGUUGACGCCGGACGCCGACUUGUGACCGACGGCAACAUCAGCGCUGAGCGCAUUCAGGAAAAAGUGGACUCCAUCGACCAGAGACACAAGAAGAACCGAGAGGCUGCCAGUGACCUGCUUGCAAGGCUGAAAGACAACAGAGAUCUACAGAAGUUCCUACAGGACUGCCAGGAGCUGUCCCUGUGGAUCAAUGAGAAGAUGCUGACAGCUCAGGACAUGACGUACGACGAGGCCAGGAACCUUCACAGCAAGUGGCUCAAACACCAGGCCUUCAUGGCAGAGCUGCAGUCCAACAAGGAGUGGCUGGACAAGAUUGACAAGGAUGGGAAGGCGCUGAUGGCGGAGAAGCCAGAGACGGAGGCCAUGGUUAAAGAGAAACUGGCAUCUCUAAAGACAAUGUGGCAGGACCUCGAGUCGACCACCCAGACCAAAGCCAAGUGUCUGUUUGAUGCCAACAAGGCUGAGCUAUUUACACAGAGCUGCGCUGACCUCGACAAGUGGAUGGCCAACCUGGAGGGACAGCUUCAGUCCGAUGACUACGGCAAAGAUCUCACCUCUGUUAACAUCCUUCUAAAGAAACAGCAGAUCCUGGAGAGCCAGGUGGAGGUGCGUCAGAAAGAGGUGGGUGAACUGCAGAGCCAGUCACAGGCCCUCAGUCAGGAGGGGAAAGGCUCUGAGGAGGUGGACGGACAGAGGAUCAGCGUGGAGAAGAAGUUCAAUGCCCUCCAGGCACCACUGAAGAAGAGACGAGACCACCUUAUGGCCUCCCGUGAGAUCCACCAGUUUAACAGGGAUGUGGAGGACGAGAUUCUCUGGGUGGAGGAAAGGAUGCCACUGGCCACAUCCACAGACCAUGGACACAACCUGCAGACUGUUCAGCUGCUCAUCAAGAAGAACCAGACGCUACAGAAGGAGAUCCAGGGCCAUCAGCCUCGUUAUGACGACAUCUUCGAGCGCAGCCAGCACGUGCUGAGGGAGGACAGUCCCACGACCGAAGUGAUCCGCCAGCGUCUUAGCGAGCUUCAGUCACUAUGGGAACAGAUCAAGAAGGAGACAGAGAACCGCCACGCCCGUCUCAGCGAGGCUCACAAGGCUCAGCAGUACUACUUUGACGCCGCUGAGGCAGAGGCCUGGAUGAGUGAACAAGAACUCUACAUGAUGUCAGAGGAGAAGGCCAAGGACGAGCAGAGUUCAGUGGCCAUGCUGAAGAAGCACCAGAUCCUGGAGCAGGCGGUGGAGGAUUACGCUGACACUGUCCACCAGCUGUCCAGCACCAGCCGGGGUCUGGUGGCUGCUGGACAUCCUGACAGCGAGCGUAUCGGGAUGCGUCAGUCUCAGGUGGAUAAGCUGUACGCCGGGCUGAAGGAUCUGUCAGAGGAGCGUCGGGGAAAACUAGACGAGCGUUUGCGUCUCUUCCAGCUGAACCGGGAGGUGGACGACCUGGAGCAGUGGAUCGCUGAGAGGGAGGUGGUGGCUGGAUCCCACGAGCUAGGACAGGACUAUGAGCAUGUCACUAUGCUGCAAGAACGCUUCAGAGAAUUUGCCCGUGACACCGGUAACAUAGGCCAGGAGCGUGUGGACACCGUAAACCGACAGGCGGAUGAGCUGAUCAACACUGGCCAUGGCGACGCCGCCACCAUCGCAGAGUGGAAGGAUGGUCUGAACGAGGCCUGGGCAGACCUGCUGGAGCUCAUUGACACCCGAACACAGAUCCUCGCCGCCUCCUACGAGCUGCACAAGUUCUACCAUGAUGCCAAGGAGAUCCUCAAUCGCAUCCUGGACAAACACAAGAAGCUCCCAGAGGAACUGGGUCGGGACCAGAACACAGUGGAGACCCUGCAGAGGAUGCACACCACCUUCGAACACGACAUUCAAGCACUGGGAACGCAGGUGCGGCAGCUUCAGGAGGACGCUGUUCGUCUGCAGUCUGCAUAUGCUGGAGACAAAGCUGACGACAUUCAGAAGAGAGAAGGAGAGGUCCUUGAGGCCUGGAAGAACCUGCUCGAGGCAGCUGAGGGUCGCAGGGUGAAGCUGGUCGACACUGGAGAUAAGUUCCGCUUCUUCAGCAUGGUGCGAGAUCUGAUGCUGUGGAUGGAAGAUGUCAUCCGUCUGAUCGAGGCUCAGGAGAAUCCCAGGGAUGUAUCAUCAGUGGAGCUGUUGAUGAACAAUCACCAGGGCAUCAAGGCCGAGAUCGACGCUCGCAACGACAGCUUCACAGCCUGCAUCGAGCUUGGGAAAGCCCUGCUGGCCAGGAAGCAUUACGCUUCAGAGGAGAUUAAAGAAAAGUUGUUACAGUUGACGGACAAGAGGAAAGACAUGAUUGACAAGUGGGAGGACAGAUGGGAAUGGCUUAGACUGAUCCUGGAGGUGCACCAGUUCUCCAGGGAUGCAGGUGUGGCCGAGGCAUGGCUGCUGGGUCAGGACCCGUACCUGUCCAGCAGGGAGAUUGGUCAGAGCGUGGACGAGGUGGAGAAACUCAUCAAACGCCAUGAGGCCUUUGAGAAGUCAGCGGCCACCUGGGAGGAACGCUUCGCUGCUCUGGAGAGGUUGACUACGAUGGAGUUAUUGGAAGUGAGAAGAGCGCAAGAGGAAGAAGAGAAGAGGAGACAACCCCCACCUACUGAGGGUCAGCCUGGAGAUGCACAGCACAGGGAGGGUGAGCCGGUGUCUCAGAACGGGCUGCCAUCUGAUCAGGAGUCUCCCAGGGAUAAUGUUGAAGGAGGCGAGGUGGUUAAUGGGGUGUCAGAGCCCAGCCCGGCAGGGUCUCCUGGGGCAUCUCGCAAGGGCAAGGCCAGCCAAGCAGCAACUCUGCCUGCUAAAACCCAGCAGGACACUCCCACAUCCCAGCUGGAGGGGUUCCUGCACCGCAAACAUGAGUGGGAGGGGCAUAAUAAGAAGGCUUCUAGCAGGUCGUGGCACAACGUGUACUGUGUGAUCAAUCAGCAGGAGAUGGGUUUCUAUAAGGAUCAGAAGAGUGCCAGUCAGGGCAUUCCCUACCACAGCGAGAUUCCCAUCAGCCUGAAGGACGCCGUCUGUGAGGUGGCGCUGGACUACAAGAAAAAGAAGCAUGUCUUCAAGCUCAAGAUUACUGAUGGGAAUGAGUAUCUCUUCCAAGCCAAAGAUGAUGAGGAGAUGAACGUGUGGAUCUCAGCAAUCACAGCCGCUGUCUCGGGCGUCAAGACGGAGAUCACUCCCAGCAGCCAUAGCACGCCCGCCCCUGCCGCACGUGCCCAGACGCUGCCAGCAUCCGUCGCCACAGUGGCGGCAUCGGCAGCCGAGUCCAGCCCAGGCAAACGAGAGAAAGACAAGGAGAAACGCUUCAGUCUGUUCAGCAAGAAGAAAUAGACGCUCCUCCUUCCCUCUUAUCUUCCUUCUCGUUCUCUUCUUCCUCUUUCCUCUGGUGCUGUUUGGGGCCGCUCCUCAAUAUCAAUCCAUCUUUGGUCAAAUAUUUGUUGAGAUGUCAACCAGUUUAGUGUCAGCUCCUAGCAACUAAUACUGAAAUAACUCAAAGUUAACCAUUAACAUGUAAAUUAGUUUAAAUUUUAAUCAAAACUUUAAUGCUAUAAUUAUGGGUUAAUGUAAAAAAAAUAAAAUAAUACAAAUAAAAGUUAAAAAACAGACUUUAUCAGCAGAGUAUAUUAGCAGUUGCUAUGUCAGAUAAAAUCCCAAACAGCCCUUCUUUCUCUUCCUCUUCUCCUCUUUCCUCCUCUUCCUCUUAAAGCGUGACUCCAGCAUGCAAGCUCCGAGCCAAAACUCUCCACUCUGUGCCUAUCAACUGUCCGGUCUGGCUCAGAGCUACAGUACAGCUACAACACACCACCUGAAUCCUCUGUUCAGUUUUUGUAAGAUAAGGAGCAGGAAAAAAUGAAUAUAAAAAAAAGAUUGAUAGAAGGAAAAAUAAUUAACACGGGGUCUGCAAACGCUUCUGUGGCAGCUGCUGUCAUUGAAAUAAAUCCAGAGUUUGCCGCUGAACAACACCACCAUGUAGAGGAGAAGUCCCAGAUUAUUCCUUAUUAUUAUUCUUAUUGCUAUUAUUUGUGUUUUCUAUAUCCUACUAUUUUUUUUUUGUUUCUUUUUUCUGCUUUCUCAUCACCCCCUGCUUUUUCGUCAACUACUGCCUUUCGUGGGUUGUGUUUACGCUCCCCAGAUGUCUCAGUUUUUGUUUUGUUUUCGUUCGUUUUUCGGGGAAGUUGUAGGUAGUUCCUGUUCGAGUCCAUCCUCAGUUUUUGCGAGGCCUUGUCUUUGCAAGAUGACGUGUAUCCCUCUGUAGUGGGGAAAACUGAGACCACAGCGGGGUAAAUCUCUUAAAUUACACCUCUUAGGAGUUUGUAAAAACAGGAUUUGGAGAAUCAGGUUAUGAGAGUCCUAAAAAUUUCAAGACAUUGAAUUUUAAUAACAAAACUAAACAGCUUUUUGUGCACUGACUAAUUCUGCUUUUCUACUGGUUGAAUUUUUGCAAUAAACCUGUGAAAAGCAGAUUUUCCUCAUUUGCGGUGCUGUCUAAUUCCUGCAGCAUCACACACAGCGGCUGUAAUUUAGAGCAUUACCCUGCGGUGCUUUGAACUGUAUGUAUAACUUGUGUAUAACAAACUGUUGAAAAUAAACCUGUGUUUAAUUUCACCUAUUAUUAUUACUACUAAUAAGACCUACCAACCGUUAUAAGCUUCACUUGAGUAUAACUUUCUUUACCUGAAAACCUAACAAUGUGUACACUUAACAAAUCUGAAUGAAGGAGCUGUCGAGUCGGCUCCACCCGGCUGGCUCGAUGGGGGAAUAAAUAACUGAGACCAGUAAGAAUGUUUGAUUGCUCAAACUUAAGAUCAUCCAGUAAGUUUUAUUUUCUACUCUCUACAUUUAGUUCUUUGGAAUAUGUUUUUGUUUCCUCCAGUAUGUAUUUUCUGUUCCACAGUUUAAGCUAUGUCUAAGGUUUAUUUAGUCUGACAAGUAUGGAGCCGUAGAUGUACUAUAAAAACAAAAUUAAGCAUUGCUGUUAAGUGGAUGAGUUGGUUAUAAAGCAUUUACUGAAAGUGAGUAAUGUUGCAGAAUAAUGAUCGCUUGCUUGUUGGCUUCAGCAUUCCAUAUUUUAAGAUUUCGGACGUUUGCAGCCGAAGAUCUUGCAGUGAAAUGUGAUGAGUUACUUAUUUUGUACGGGAGUAUUUUAAUGACAAGAUUAAUGAAAGAAAUCUGCGCUGUAAUUUACUUGUGCCAAAACAGAUUCAAAAUUGCAGUUUUAAGGGCAGAGUCUUUGCUACUCUUAAGGUUUUAGACCUUUCAAUAAAAACAGACUUCCUGUUCCAUGUUACAUCUAAAUUGGCUGCUGUGCUCUUGAUAGUCUGCUGAUGUUAUGGUUCAAACUCUGAACCAUUAACAACCUAAAGUAAGUCUUUUCAAGGCACUCAAAUUGCAGUGUAACUGAAUUUACAGCCAAAAUUUUUACUAUCCAGUGGUUUUCAAAGAAUUAAUACUCUUGUUGCUGAUCAGUUGUGCAAUCUCUAACAGAGCUAAUAAAAAUUAACAACAGCUUGACAUUGACAUAUUCUAUGGAAGCGUGUUUACACCUUUUCUUAGCCUAUGUUAAUAAAUUUCAAAACUGACUCUUUGAUUUCAAACCAACCCACAAAUUCAAACUCUGCUCUAACAACUACCUGAGUAAUCAAAGCUUGAAUCUGUUUCGUCCCAACUUUGUGCUAAUUUUGUCAUUAGUUUACUUCCAUACAUGCCAAAUAGAUGAAUGAACCCCCAAUGUGUUACAGAAGGGUGUGCUUGUUUUUUCCACAGCUGGAGGUGGGGUUUGGUUGGGUGGGGCUAAGGUUUUUUGUUGGUGAAACACUUGGAGUAACUGAAAACCUCUUCACUGAGUCAAAAGUCCUGAAAUAUUUCUUGUUUAGUUUUUUCUUUUUGCUACAAUCUCUGGCGAUUUGAUAAAUAUAGUGUGCAUUCCUCUGUCACUGUAACCAUAGUAACAAGAUAUUUCUUCAUACUGCACAAUCAAAAAUGCCACG